GAAUCCACGGGAACAGCUUCGGACGCGGCGCCGGAGGCCAAAGGACGUCACCUUGCACAGGUUUCUUUUCCCAAAAGCAUGUUUCCAAAGCCAUUUCCAGCACCCUUAAAGGGAAAGGCUGCCUUCCAAAACGCCCUUGAGGUGCCUAACGUGCUUCUCCUUGCUUUUAAUGAAGGCAGAAGAGGACGAGACAAGGACUGAAAUAAUUGCGCACGAAGCUUCUGCCUUUGCUUGGAGCGCCUUGCGCCAUGGCCAGGCCCAGCCGGGACAUCGAACUGGCCCGCUUGGUGCGCCGUGGGCCUCGCAAUCCUCCGCCGUCCCCUUCCUUCCGUGCCUUAGCUGCGCACUUGCCCAACGUCCCCAGCUACCCUCCUUCCCGCAUCCCCAUCCUGGCUUCACGGAAGCACCAGAACGGCACGGAGAACCCCAGUUUCCUGGUGGAAGAGGCGCCUGUCAAUCGCAGACACAGCCAGAGGGGGAAAUAUCCCAGGGUGAGCAUCCAGAAAGUGGAUUCGAAGGAUGGCUUUUCGGGGGAAGCCGCCUUGGCGCAUCCUUCUCCCGGCAACAAAUCCCAAAACCUUGUGGUUCCGGUCACUCCAGUGGCGCUCAAGAGGAAGAAGCGCCUUGUCCCAGAGGAGCCUUUGGAGGAACUGGGAGCCCUUUCUCCAAACCAGUCUCCCAUCAAAGCUUGGGCGGAUCGGUCCAGUCCUGAGAGAGAAGAACAGAUCAGUUUGUCAGGUCGCAGCAGCUCCACCGGAAGCCAAAGCAGCGCCGUGAUCAAUGACCGUCUGCAAGAACUGGUGCGGCUCUUUAAGGACCGGACGGAGAAGGUCAAGGAGAGGCUGAUCGACCCGGAUGUCUCCUCCGAUGAGGAAACCCCUGCGGCUACGCCAUUGAAAGGAAAUCCACAAGAGGAAGAGAAGGAGGCAACUGAGAAUGACGAAGCCUACCACGAAGUGCUCUGCUGCCAAUUUAAGGCCCGCCCCUUCCUCUGCCGCAUGAAAAAGAUCCAAUACCAGUGGCCCAGCAGCAUCGACCCACUCACCAACCUGAUGUACGUCUUCUGGCUCUUCCUGGUGGUCCUGGCCUGGAACUGGAACUGCUGGCUGAUCCCGCUCCGCUGGGCUUUUCCCUACCAGACGGCCGGGAACGUCGGCUACUGGAUGGCUGUGGACUACCUCUGCGACCUCCUCUACGUCCUGGACAUGGCGCUCUUCCAGGUCCGGCUGCAGUUCGUGGAGGGAGGAGACGUCAUCACCUUGAUCACCAUUGGGGGGCUGCCGGACCCCAGCAACGUCUUUGAGAUCGCCUUCCAGAUGCUCAACUACUUCACCGGCGUCUUCGCCUUCUCCGUCAUGAUUGGACAGAUGAGGGACGUGGUCAGCGCGGCCACCGCCGGACAGACCUACUACCGGACCUGCAUGGACAACACGGUCCAAUACAUGGCUUUCUACAACAUCCCGCGUUCCGUCCAGAACCGGGUCAAGACCUGGUACGAAUACACUUGGCACUCACAAGGCAUGCUGGAUGAAUCGGAGCUGCUGAUGCAAUUGCCGGAGAAGAUGCGGCUGGAUAUCGCCAUUGACGUGAACUAUGAUAUUGUCAGCAAAGUGCCGCUCUUCCAGGGUUGUGACCGGCAGAUGAUCUUCGACAUGCUCAAGAGGCUCCGCUCCGUGGUGUACCUGCCCAACGAUUACGUCUGCAAAAAGGUGAUCCAGGGAUGCGCAAGAAGGGAUGGCUCCUCCAGACUCGUGUCACUGGUUGUGAUAUUUUCUUUCUUACUGGUGUCCAGUGGUGUGAUAUUACGUAUAACCCUUUACACUAUGCCUUUUCCCUGCGUGUGUUUGCACUCCAGGCGGAUGCUGAAGAGCCAGCGCAAGGCCAAGGAGGAGAAGGGCCCCGCGGUCAUCAUCCCGCCCAGGGCCCGGGCCGGGACCCCCAAGCUCUUCCAAGCGGCUCUGGCGGCGGCUGGGCGGGCGGGCGGCCAUGGGAAGCUUGCCCACCUCCGAUGGAGGGUCAAGGAGCUGAAGGCCAUGCAGGCUGCCAGUGCCACUCCAGUUCCACCCAAAUCUCCAUUCAGCCCCAUUUCGCCAACCGGAUCAUGGAAAUCGGAUGACCACAGGACCAAGGCGGUCACUUCUGCGUCUUCAGGUCAUUUGGUCCAGGUUUGCGUGAGUCCAGCUCCAAAAGAAGAGGAUCAACUUCUCUCCGUUGAGGUUGUAGACGAGAAGGAAACUAAAUAGGGGAGAAAUACAGCUUGCAAGACUUGUAGUUGACCAGAUGGUUGCCGUAUGAAUCCGCUCCGGGUUUUAGUCCGAACUUUAACACUUUCCAAGGGACUGAAUCUCUGUAGUGAAGCUUUGAAGUCUGGACUAGAACCCAGAGUGGAUUCAACAGCAUCUAGGUGAACAACAAAGCCCUAGGAUGGCAUUGGAUUGAGCAAGAAUUGGUCGAGUUUCCAUUGGAA